CGAAGAAAACAAGGAAGUGACUUGUUGUUUAUGGACGCACAUGAGGUGGUUGAAAUAAUGGUCUGGUAUCAUUGUCUUCAUAUAAACAUCUAUUCAACAUGAACAUAGCAGAAAGUGGAGCAGUAGGCGAUGCCAUUACAGUGCACGAUUUCUCCGAGAAGAUUCUCGAGCAAACGGUUCACUUUCACGUCAUAAAACUCAAUGGAGGAUUUUUCCUUUGGGUGGGCUCGAACCCCGUCUUGUCCAACUUGGCUGUUUCAAUGGAAAGUAAAUUUGAUUCGAUGCCGCUGUCUACGUUAGUCCUGGGGGACCCAUCGGACACCACUCCAAAUUCACUGGCCCAGAGAUUGACUAAAAGGACUAAGAAACAGGUGUAUGUGAGCUACUGCCUGCCCACGACUGACUCCAACCUGUCUCUGCUGGUAGAGAACAGGAUAAAGAAAGAGAUGGAAGUUCACCCUGACAAGUUUUAACCCCCCCCCUUAUUUUUUUUUACUAGUUUAAUUGUUUUGUACCAAAAUAAAACAAUGGAAAGAAAAACAACA